CCCAUAAUAGACAAGAGUAACUUGGAAUUACCUGCUCAUAGCUUGACUUUAAUUUCCAAAUCCUUUCACUUAUAUAUUCUAUAUAUUCUUAUAUUGGAAAAAAAUCCUGGUACUUGUGAUAACGAAGAUAAAUUCAUAGCCGAUGAUAGAUCAAGAUAUUUAGUUCUGCUUAAAUGGGUUAUACUAGUAGGCCUUCUGAAGAAAA